AUGAUCUCUAUUAUCUGCACUGGAAUAUUUGGAAAAUUCUUGAGUACUGCAGUAUAUGCUUGGGCAAUACACUUGAAGGGUCCUGUAUAUGCCACAAUGUUCAAGCCACUUUCAAUUGUUAUUGCUGUUGUCAUGGGAAUUGUGUUCCUUGGUGAUGCUCUUCAUAUUGGAAGUUUAAUUGGAGCCACAGUAAUAUCAAUUGGAUUUUAUGCUGUAAUGUGGGGCAAAGCAGCUGAAGAAAAUGAGGAUGGUUUUGGUAGCCAGGAAUCAGCAACUAUUGAUAGUGUUCCUCUUUUGCAAAGUUAUAAGCCUGUAAAACUAUAA